UUCGUCAGGUUUUCCCCCAGUUUGAUUUCUUGGGAUGGUAUACAUUGGGACCGUAUCCAACACAAGAAGAUAUCGAGAUUCACAAACAAAUUAUGACUCUUAAUGAAAGUCCUCUGUUUCUGCAGAUGAAUCCAUUCGAGAUUAUAUCCUCCAAGAACCUGCCAAUAACCGUGUACGAGUCUAUAAUUGAUCUCAUCGAUGGGAAAGCCCACACGAUGUUUAUUAAAGCACAGUACAAGAUCGAGACAGGAGAGGCGGAACGUAUCGCAGUUGAUCACGUUGCUCACACUUCUGCCGGAGAGGGAACCGAAGGAUCAUCACGCAAGUAG